UUAUCUUUUAGUGAGGGGGCAACAUGGUAAAAGAGAGUCUCCGAGCCUGGGUCCAGGACGCUGAGGAUAUCCUGGUGCACAUCAAUGUUGGAGGCCUGAAGCGCAGCCUGUUCUCGAGCACUCUAAGUAAUUUCCCCGAUACACGUCUGGGACGCCUGCUGGCCUGCGAGUCCGAGGAGGCCAUAUUGCAAGUUUGCGACGAUUACGACGCUCAACAAAAGGAGUUUUACUUUGACCGCAACCCGGGACUCUUCCCUUACGUGCUGCAAUUCUACCAGACCGGCAAACUCCACAUCAUGGAUGAACUGUGCAUCUUCUCUUUCUGCCAGGAAAUUGAAUACUGGGGAAUCAAUGAGUUCUUCCUGGACAGCUGCUGUAGCUACCGUUACCACGAUCGCAAACUAGAGAGCCGCCACAAGAGCUGGGAUGAGGAGAGUGAUGUUAGCAGUGUGGACACUUCUGUGGAUGAGAUCUCAGACCUGAACAAGGACAUCCAGCACUUCCAGGAAAUGCGCUGUGGAAACGCCCGGAAGUACCUGUGGCUGACUCUGGAGAACCCGGGCUACUCCAUUCCCAGUAAGCUUUUCAGCUUUCUCUCCAUAGCUGUGGUUCUGACCUCCAUAUCCAUCAUGUGCAUUAACAGCCUUCCGGAGUACCAGCACUUUGACGAGGAUGGCAAACAAGUGGAGGAGCCGACCCUGCAAGCGCUGGAGUUCUUCUGCAUCUGCUGGUUCACCUUUGAGGUAGUGAUGCGGAUGCUUUUGGCGCCCAACAGGAGAAAGUUCUUCCGCCACCCGCUUAACAUAAUCGACAUUGUGUCGGUGUUGCCCAUCUAUAUCACGCUGCCUAUUGACCUGGCGUUGGGCAGUGAAUCAGAGCUGGGGAACCUGGGCAAAUUGGUGCAGGUGUUCCGCCUCAUGAGGAUAUUCAGGGUUCUGAAGCUGGCCAGACAUUCAACAGGCCUCAGGUCUUUGGGAGCAACGCUAAGGCACAGUUACAGGGAGGUUGGCAUCCUGCUGCUGUACCUGGGCGUGGGUGUGUGCGUGUUCUCUGGCUUUGCCUAUACUGCAGAGUAUGAGGAGGACGUGGGGCUGGAUACCAUUCCUGCCUGCUGGUGGUGGGGCACCGUCAGCAUGACCACCGUGGGCUACGGCGAUGUGGUGCCCGUCACGGUGGCCGGCAAGCUGGCGGCCAGUGGCUGCAUCCUGGGUGGGACCCUGGUGGUGGCCCUGCCCAUCACUAUCAUCUUCAACAAGUUCUCUCACUUCUACCGCAAGCAGAAGGCCCUGGAAGCCUCGGUGAGAAACAGCAACAAGAAGGUCAAAGUGUGCAGUGACAAUGUGCAGGAGGAAGAGGAUGAGGAUGGGGGUUUGGAUAGGGAUAGCCAGUGUCUGGAGGAGCUGGAUGAGGAUGAAGAUGAUGGAGGAGUGGUAAAUUAUAGCUAUGUGGAUCAUCCACCGCUGCCUAUGGAGAGGUCCAGCCCGUUGGCGAGGAGGAAAGAGUUCUUCAACUCUGAGUGCUUCACCAUAAACACAGGACAGAUGACAGAAUAAUUAUUACAGGGAAAGUAAACACAGUAUAUACAUGAACUGAAAUGAAUUAUAAGCACCCCAUGUUCUCUGUUCUGUUUGGUGUUACCAUAAGGUAUUGAUUCAGCACUGUGCUGUCUCUGGGUUUGAAGGAACUCUUCCUGAAUCCAAAAUUGUGACACUGUUAAUGGGAACUAAUACCAUUGUAAUGAAGCUAAUAUCAAGCCUCCACUAGUUCCUAUGGUGUCUUCUGCUUGCCCUGUACAGAACAGAGAUUAAUUUUGAUAUGCUCCAUAAACACCCCAUUCUGAAGUUGUGCAGUGUUCUGUUACUGUAUACUUUUAAUCACAACUCAAUACCAAAUUAUACCAAUGUAUUCCUUGUUGGAAUGCCUACUUCCUCUUCAUAUUUGUGAGGGUCUCCUAUUACAAAAUAGAAAAGAGGGUACACAGAAGCAUUGUUAGUGCCCACAGCCACUUAGGAAGUUAGCUGUACAUGUAUGAUUGACAAAAGCAGCUAUAUUGCAACACUGCACUACGAUUUCAGACUGUAGACUGUUGAAUGAAGCAUAUCAGGACAGUCUCAUGCCAGAGUUUCCUCGAGCUUGACAAAUGUC